AAUGGAGGACGAAGUUGGUUAUCAAUUUGUGCAGAUUUUAUCAAAAACUAUCGUAUUAACAAAUAUUUGCUAAUCACUUUAAGUGUAAACAGUUGAUUAUUUAUCAUUAUUUGGAAUUAGGUGUUUGAAACAGACUGCCACUAACCAUGGAUGAGAAUACAAGCCUUAUAUCGGGGAAAAAUAAAGAAACUGGUCAGUCUGUGAACGGAACAGGAUGUAAAGUGAAAGUAGCAGAGGGUGCCGUUCUCAUGACAAUAACACUAGAAAGAAUAGCAUUCUAUAGUUUAGCAGGAAAUCUGGUGUUGUUUUUAAAUACAAACCCAUACGCAUGGACAUCAUACAAUGCUAUGUAUGCCUUGUUAUAUUUUUUUGGAAUCUCAUAUUUAAUGUCUUUUUUUGGAGGUUUAAUCGCAGACACACUGUUAGGCAGAUUCAAGAGUCUACUAUUGUCCUUGCUCCUGUACUUGGUUGGUUAUCUUUUUCUGCCGUUAUUACGGAGUACACCUCAUAACAUACCUAUACAUCCUGAACUAGAUCUGCCAAAACUUUGCAAACUUCAUCAGAGUCCUUAUAUCAAUAUCUCACAUGGAUUAAUGGAUAUAAAUCAGCAGAAGUCACCAUUUGAUGAAAGUUGUUCUGGCCUGAUGUUUGGAGUACUGACUCUAAUUGCUGUUGGAAGUGGUCCAUUCAGAUCAAAUAUUGCUCCUUUUGGAGCUGAUCAGGUUAAAGGUGAAAGUCAGCAAGCUAAUUUGACUUUUUUCAAUUGGUAUUACUGGUGUGUUAAUGUUGGAACACUGAUUGCAUUGUUAGUUAUUACAUAUGUACAACAACAUGAAAGUUUUUAUGACGGAUACUUGUCUGCAUUGAUUUGUCUGGCUGUGGCAGCUUUUGUAUUCCUUUGUGGUUCCUGUAGUUAUGUGUACAGGCCAAGGACAGGCAGUGUGUUUAAGAAUAUAUUCACAGUCUUAUGUGAAGCAUGCAACAAAUGUUGCAGGAGACGAAAACCUGAUUCAGGUUUUGGUGAUAAUGCCAUUGAACAGCCUUCAUCAUGUUUGGACCAUGCUAUGUAUCGAUAUGGAGGAAACUUUCAGGAGGGAACUGUUAAUGAGGUUAAAAAGGUCCUCAAAAUUAUAUGUGUGUUCCUGACCAUGGUUCCAUACUGGAUGGUUUACUUUCAGAUGGAGACAACAUUCCUGUUACAAGGACUUCAUAUGAAUUUAAACUUGCCAAAAGAAAGUACUAAUGUAACAGUUGACUGUAACCCCCAGAAUUCCACAGGAAAUGACGACCCUGAUGAUAUCUCUGGCAAGCCUCCAAAGCUUGUUGCAGCAUGGUUAUCAAUAUUUGACAUUAUAUUUGUGAUUAUUCUCAUACCAGUGUUUGAUCGUAUAAUUUAUCCACGGCUAGCCAAGGCAGGACGUCCUAUGGGAUUUGUAUUACGUGUAAGUCUUGGGAUGAUGAUUGCUGCUAGUGCGGUAUGUGUGGCUGGAGUUGUAGAACAUUAUCGCCUGAAGUCAGUUUAUCAAAAUGAUAGUAUGCCUUGCUGUAGACAUACAGUUCAACAAAAAAUAGGGCAUACUGUAUAUAAUGCAGCAGAGAUGUCAGUAUUGUGGCAGAUACCACAGUAUGCACUGAUUGGACUGAGUGAAGUAUUUGCCUCAAUUGCAGCUUUAGAAUUUGCCUACCUGAUGGCGCCCAAGUCUGCUAAAGGUAUCAUUAUGGGUUUGUUUUAUUUGUUCACCGGAGUUGGAAGCUUCAUAGGAUUUGCAUCAAUGGCAAUCUUUCAGGGAAUUUGGUUUGGACCAUAUGAUAGUGGAAAUAUAAACUGUCGUCUGCCAUGUACAGAAAAUGGUGGAAAGUUUGACAUCAAACUCAAAUGCCAUUUAGACAAUUAUUUCUUUUUCCUAGCAGGCAUUGAAGUCUUAGGGCUACUGUUGUUUUUGUUUGUUGUAAAAAUUUGCCGUAUUCAAAAUGAAAUUUCUGCAGUGGUUCGUCAGAAAUCUCAGCCACAGUUAAUAUCCAAAAGAUCAGUUACUGAAAGACUGAAAUCACCUGUUUCUUUGCAAAGGCAGUCAAGUUCAGACAUCAGUGUCACAUGAAAAAACUGUAUACUCCAUUUAUUUUAUAAAAAUACUAAAGAGGAAUUCAUAGAAAGAGAAAUGAAAUGAAACAUUCUAUUUCAGAAGAAAAAUGUACACCGCAUUGAUUUUGUGUCACGGAUGGAUACCCUAUAUCCAGUCCUUUGUUUUUCUAUUACAGUAAUUAAAAAAAAUUACUAUAAUUAUCAUUCUCAUCUGAAUUUUCUGAUUGAUGAUAUUUUAUAGUUAUUUUACAUAUAUCUACAAAUUAUUAGUAAUUUGAAUCUUCAAUGAACGAUACUUUCUCCAGUCAUAGGUACAUUAAAUGUGAGUCUUCUAUUGAUGAGGUGUCUCUUGCACCAUAAAGAAAUGAGAAUCUGUAAAAAGAGACUGCUACCUACGGUAGGAUGCGAGUUUUCUGUGAAAGUUGUGUUCUUUUCCACUGACAUCCUUAGGAUUGUUCCAAAAUUUAUCUGGUGGGGAUGGGAACACUCAAAUAAAUUAAAUAUGGUUGCAUUUUCCUUAGAAUUUUGUAAGAACUAUCUUAUAAAGUAAAAGAAAAGUUUUAUUUUAUGGGUGCCAGGGUCUUCAAAAAGUGCCUCCCAUCUCCACCAUGUAUUUAAUUUUGGAACAGCCCUUAAAUGUAAGUCUCUAAAGACAUGUAUAGCAUCUGUCAAACCAUUUCCAUGAAAUUCUUAUACCAUUUUAUUAUUGUGCAGCACUGAUUUUAUUUAUGUAUUAUAUAUUUAUAUACUUUUCCAUGUAAAUAUUUCACUAGGAUUUUUAAAGCGUUCGCAUAGUUUGUUUACAUAGACAACGUAUCUACCUUAAAGCUGAAUAAAUCAAUGAAACUUUCAAGAAUCUCUUCCGUGCCUAUUGAUAUUGUUCACCUUAUUGCCUGGGGUCAUGAACUAAUUUCUGUGAAAAGGGCCAAAAUUUUACAUGAACAACUUUCAGAAAUGAUCAAAACUAGACUAUAGUUGUGCCCAUAUGCAAAUUAUUCAGACAUUAUUUCAUACAAUUAGACUAUCUUAUCUUACAAAUGUAUAACAAUAUGCCAGUCUAAAACAAGAUUUUUAGUAAAAAUUUGAGAUAAGUGUCUACAAAUUCUUGAAAAAUAAAUAUUUCUGAAUAAUGUGUCAGAAAAUUAUCCUAUCCCAUCAGGCAUCAUUCUUACUUCCAGUUAAAAUAUACUUGUUUUCAGUCCUGUUUAACUGUACAAUGGAAUCCACUUAAAUGUAUACCUUCUAAUUACAAAAUCCUGCACAUUUAUUGGCAGGUGCAUGUGACUCAAAUCUUAAAUUACUAGGCUUACCAGAUUUCCUGAGUUCUCUCAGGGCACUCCUACUUCCUCCACCAAUAAAAACAAGCUGUCAGGAUAUAGUCAAUAGUGCUGAAAGUAGCAUUAAACACCAACAAUCAAUCAAUCAAAACAACUUGGAACUCUUCCCUUUACCACCACCAUUAUGUGUAUAUGAAUUGAAACAAUAGGUACACAUAAAGUCAUAUGUUAACUUCUAAAUGUAGUUUUGUUUUUUAUUCUUGCUUGGUUGAUUUCUCAUUUAUAUAUACCUCAUAUCACCUUUCACUUGUCUUUUGCAUUUUUAUAUUAAUGCACCUUAAACUUUUUUACUCAUUGUUUCCAUGUUUUAAAUAUAUAAAAUCAAAAAUUAUAUAAUCAUUGUACAUUAUUGUUUGUAUUGUAAGGUCACACCAAAUCAAGUUGUUGAUCUUUGAAUUGUUUUAUGCUAAAAACUAGGUGAAAGCCAGUGAAAUUUUUAUUAAUUUUAUACCGAAAUAGGUAUAUACAGAGAAUUUUUAGGACUCUCUAGGAUGAUGCUUGCACAAAUAAUUUGUUGCGGCUUUUGAAAGAUUGUUAAAAUAUGGUGCUAUCUGAUAUUGAGCUGUGAAGAGCAUUUCUUGCAUAAUUGUAUAUUUUAUAGAUGUAGUUUUGGUAAAGAUUAUUUUUAAUUAUCAAAAUUGUGAUAGAUGUAAUGUUUUGUUAUAAUCAAAUUAUAAAACAUUUCCUAAUAAAAUUUUAGAAUAUUAUAA